AUGCUGCCCGCCUUCUUGUUGUCGCUGGCCAGUGGCGAGGGCGGUGGCAACACCCACUACUUUGCCCCCGGCAACAACCACCACGACCAGUACUCUCGCGAAACCGACCGCUGGUGGCGGAAGACGCGCUCGCCGAACGCGGGUUCCUCUUGCGUCGGCACGGACCCAAACCGAAACUGGGCGCACCGCGCGUGGGGCGGCGUGCCCGGCUCGAGCACGAACCCGUGCAGCGAUGUCUACCACGGCUCGCGGGCAGGCUCGGAGCCCGAAGUGGAGAGGAUCCAGCAGUUCGUCACCCAGUUCGGCACCGAGGCGGACGGCUCCUCGCACUUCAAACUCUUCAUCGAUUACCACACCUAUUCGCAAAUGUGGCUCUACCCGUGGGGCUACCUGUACUCCGCGGCGCCUCACGACGACGAGCACGACGCCCUGUCGGCGGCGGCCGUCGCGGCGAUCCGCGGAGUGCACGGCAAGCAGUACACGUAUGGUCCGGCAGCCUCGACCAUCUACGUGACGACUGGCGACAGCACCGAUUGGGCGUACGACCCGAUCGAGGCGCGACCUCCCACACCUGACUGGGCCUACAUCAAGCACGCGUACACCAUCGAGGGCCGCGACACCGGCGGGUAUGGCUUCGUCGCGCCGGCCUCCGAGAUCAGCAACUCCUUCUCGGUGGUGGUCCCCAUUGCGGUCGGCGUCAGCUCGCCCAGCUACAACCCUUCGCAGUGCGUCAACACGCAAUUCACCGGCCAGGAUCCCGUCUACUGGCUCAAGCUCGAGGACGUGCGGCCGGGCGUGGCGCUCGAGCUGACCGCCUGCGGCUUCGACACGGACCUCUCCAUCUUCAGGGGCUCGUGCGACUCCCUCGAGCAGGUGGCGUGUGACGGCGACUCCCUCGACGACGAAGGCUCGUGCAGCGUCUCAUACGGGUCACUCAUCGACACGUACUGGAAUGGCGUCACGUGCGGUACUUUGGAGGAACUCCUCCCGCCGCGCAUCUGCACCGCGUGCGACUACCCGACGGAGGUGUGGAACGGCCAGGCGUGCGUCUUGCUCUCCGACUACAACCCCGAAUUUAGGCUCGUCGCUCAGCCAGCAUUGUUCAGCAAAGAGUAUCACAUAUUACCAAAAAUUGUGUAA